AUGUUUAUGACGAGCAGACGGUUUCAACACAUAGGCCAGUUUUUUCAUACGUUCAACAACAAUGCGGUGCCAGUCAACAAUACAGAAAAAUUGAUCAAAGUGAGACCAGUGAUGGACUACCUGAAACACCGGUUUCAAGAAGUGUAUAACCCAGUGAAAGAGAUGUGUUUGGAUGAAGGCACAAUGGCAUGGCGAGGCCGGUUGUCGUUCAAAGUGUACAAUCCAAACAAACCACACAAAUAUGGCGUGAAAUUAUAUAUGCUAGCCGAAUCAACAUCUGGCUACAUUUAUGGAUUUGAAGUGUAUUCUGGCAUUGGUCAAACCAUCAUGGAAACAGUUACUGGUUUGAUGUGGCCAUUAUUGAACAAAGGGCACCACCUCUAUAUGGAUAACUUUUACAACUCGGUUACCCUUACAGAGAAGUUGCGAGAAGUGGGGGUGUACACGUAUGGAACAAUUAGACUCGUACGUGGCGCCCCAAAAGAACUGCAACAUAUAGCAAAGACUAAGAUUGAUGUGGAUACCACAGUCUACCGCCGCAAGGACAACACCUUCAUUCUGCUGUGGAAAGACAAGCAAGUUGUCUCUAUGAUUACCAACCUCCACAAUGCAGACAUAAAUAGAGUUCAAAAACCCAAACGAGUUCGUAGGCCAGAUGGAACAACAGGACUACAGCAG